AUGUGCCAGGAGGUGUAUCAGAAGAUGUGCCAGGAGUGUAUCAAAAGGUGUGCCAGGAGGUAUGUCAGGUGUCAGAAGAUGUGCCAGGAGGCGUGUCAGGGGAUGUGCCAGGAGGUGUGUCAGAGGAUGUGCCAGGAGGUGUGUCAGAAGAUGUGCCAGGAGGCGUGUCAGGGGAUGUGCCAGGAGGUGUGUCAGAGGAUGUGCAGGGAGGUGUGUCAGAAGGUGUGUCAGAAGGUGUGCCAGGUGCCAGGAAGUGUGUUAGAAGAUGUACCAGGAGUAGUGUCAGAAGGUGUCAGGUGUCAGAAGAUGUGCCAGGAGGCGUGUCAGGGGAUGUGCCAGGAGGUGUGUCAGGGGAUGUGCCAGGAGGUGUGUCAGGUGUCAGAAGAUGUGCCAGGUGCCAGGAGGUGUGUUAGAAGAUGUACCAGGAGUAGUGUCAGAAGGUGUCAGGUGUCAGAAGAUGUGCCAGGAGGUGUGUCAAACGGUGUCACAAGCCCCUCGCCACAAGGACUCACCACGCUACAGCAGUAUAAGAGUGGUGGGUCUCCUCCAACAGGCGGGUCAUCAGGAAGGGUUGGCUGGCUCGCCCGGCGCCUCCUGAUGGCGGCUUAUUGA